AUGGACAUCAAGUUUUGCAAGACCAACCUUCUCAUUGAGCACAAGGAGUUGGAUGGGAGAUUCCAAUUCAAGUUCACCCACCCGACGGCUGGACUCUCCAAGCUUCUCCUGCCCAACCCUGAGCUCACCACGGUCCUAGGAGGUACAAACAUUGACUUCAGACCCCCUGUGUACACUUUGGUUGGGCAUGAAGCAGAUUUGCAAGAAGAAGAGAUCGAGCUCGAUCGAGCUGAGGAUCGAGCUGAGGCUCAAGCUGAAGAUGGAGUGCAGGAAAGCGCUGAUUUGGGGAAGGCCAUGGACAAGAUGCAAAAGUCCAUGGAUAAGAUGGUGAGCAAGAUCAAGAGCUUGGAGAAGAAAGUAUCUGGUUCUUCAAGCAAGAAGAAGAAGGCACCCAAAGCUCCCACUUUCCCUAGGAGUAGGUCACUCCUCACCACUCAAAGGAGACUCCCUGCCCAAGAGCCUCACAGAGCCUCUUCUUUCGAGCCAAGGGAAGGAGAAGACAACACGCAGAGAAGGAGGAAGACUUCCAAGGCCAGACGCUCCAGCUCGACCACCGGACUCGAUCGAGUCCAAACAGAGGAAACUCAACUCGAUCGAGCUGACGGUCGAGCUGACCAGGAGGAGCCCCAGUUCGAGGAUCCAGGAUUUGAAUACGAUCCCAUGCCUUACCAGGAGCCUCCCCGGAGUAGAUGGAACCCCUAUGGACAGUACGAGCUACCAAUGCUUCACCAAGGCCAAGGAAGCCACACACAUUUCAACGCUGAAGAAGAGGAGGAAGAGGAGCCACAAGCUUGUUUACUUUGUUCUUAG